UGGAGGGACUGAUGGGGAAGUUGCGAGUUAUGAGACAAAUAAAGAUAUUCAUAGAAUGUAUGUACCAAACAAUGGAAAAUGCAUUAAUAGUAAAAAUAAAGAAGAAAUAGUCAAAUAAAAGUUUGGUGGAUGCCAAAAAUGCCAUUAUAAAAGACGGCAGAACUCCAUUGAAGUACUGCCUAUUGGAACACAGCAGAAAGGAAAACUGAAAAGGAGAGGCUUACGCACUCAGCUGGACACAUGUUGGAAGCUGGUUGAUCCAUGUACCUCUUAUCCUUGACCAGAAUCCAAGACCAUCCUUGUAUUCCAUAUCUCUCUGAAAGUGAUCGUCUUCCAAACCAUCUAUCAGAGCUGUAUAACCCGCAUCAGAGGAUUCUCUACUAGGUUCAAUGACUUACCUAAAUUCAACUUCAUAUCAUGUGAAGACCUUCCUUAUCUGAUCUACGAAGGUUCAAAUCGAUUAGGUGAACUUUUCACUUGUACACUGGACUUUCAAUCCUUGUGCAAUUGCUCAUUUACAGUAUUAAAGCCCUUGCAUACCUUUUAAGAUAACCCUAUUAAUAGUGGCACAUCAUGUUCCUACAGUGAUUCAAAGCAGAGAAUAAAUAAAAAAGAACAAAUGAGAAUUAGUGAAACCAGCAGAGGCAAGAACACCGCCAGUCUGCAGAGCAAGAGUUGGGGAGAGACACAAAGCAGAGGGAAUGGCUGGGAUCGCGGCUUCCAUCUCUUGGCUGGGGAGCCAACUCUCCUGCUGCCACAACAACCUCCCAGCUCUGGCCUUGUCUCUCCUACUACUUGCUCUGCUGCUUGAUUACAUCAAGCGGAGGAAGAGAAGCAGCCGCUGGCCACCAGGACCCACCCCUCUGCCUUUCAUUGGGAACUUGCUACUGCUAGAUGUAAAUAACCCACAUAAAACUGUUCAAGAGCUGGGGGGAAAGUUUGGAUCAGUCAUCUUUCUGCAGUGUGGAUGGAGAAAUAUGGUCAUCCUGAGUGGGUUCAAGACGAUAAAGGAGGCCCUGGGACAAAACCCUGAGAACUUUGUUGACCGAGCAGCAGUUCCACUGCUGAAUCUAAUAAACCGUGGAAAGAAUUGCGGAGGAAUAGUAGUAGCAACAUGCGACAAUGGCUGGAGGGAGCAGAGGCGAUUCUUUCUCUCCCUCCUCAAGAACUUUGGGAAGGGGAAGCCAACGCUUGAAGAAAGAGUGUCUGAAGAAGCUGGAUACUUGUGCUCUGAGUUCAAAUCCAAAGAAGGUUCUCCUUUUGAUCCACAAAUCCUCAUCUACAGGGCUGUUAGUAAUACAAUCUGCACCCUAACAUUUGGUGGCCGCUUUGAAUACAGUGAUGAGAAAUUCCUGAAAAUAAUGCAUCCACUUCAGGAGAUCUUGAAGGAAGUAACCAGAAAUUUGCCCCAGCUUCUUGUUGCGGGAUCCUGGUUUUCCUGUUUUCCUGGACCUCAUCGUGAACUGCAGAAACGCUAUGAAGAAGUUAGCACUACCCUAAGAGAGAUUGUGAAUGAACAUAAGAAAACCAGAGACCCCACCUUUCCAAGAGAUUUGAUUGAUGCAUUUCUGGAUGAGAUGGAUAAGGCUAAAGGGAAACCAGAGAACAGUUUUAAUGAACGAAACCUUAUCAAUAUCAUUUUUGACUUGUUUGGGGCUGGUACUGACACAGUUUCUUCCACCUUGCUCUGGGGACUGUUGAACAUGGUCGAUCACCCUGAGGUUCAGAAAAGGGUCCAAGAAGAAAUUGAUGAAGAGAUUGGCAGGGUACGAUCACCUGUGAUGGAAGAUCAAUUGAAACUGCCUUAUACUUGCACUGUGAUACAUGAAAUUCAACGUUGUGCUGAUAUUUUACCUGUUGCAGCUCCAUAUACGACACACAGAGAUACUGAGGUCGGCAAGUUCAUUAUUCCUAAGGAGACUGUCGUCUUUAAUCAUCUGUCCUCUGUGCUAAAGGAUGAGACAAUGUGGGAGAAGCCACAUGAAUUCUACCCAGAGCACUUCCUGGAUGCAGAUGGGCAGUUUGUCAAGCGAGAGGCCUUCCUACCUUUCUCUCUAGGUCGUCAUGCUUGCCCUGGAGAACAAUGGGCCAAAAUGGAGCUCUUCCUCUUCUUCACCAGCCUCCUGCAGCAUUUCACCUUUCGCAUUCCUGAGAACUAUCCAAGGCCCAAGACUGAAAGAUUAUUUGCCCUGGCAGUUCAUCCAGCCCCUUUCCAGAUUUGUGCCAUUCCUAGAUGAUGUUUCCAAGCGUAGUAUAUCUAGCAAUCUAAUCAUCAACCUCAAAAGCAACUAUACAGCAGAAACCAGGAACAGCAGUUUUUAAAAUUAAUAGAAAUAUUUAUGUAUUUCAUAAAACAGUAGUAUUCAUGAAAAAUAUCAGGGCGUUUUACAACAAUCAUAUGUAAAAACAUUCAAUAAAAAUCAUAUUAAAUUUCAAAAUCAGAAUCAACUAACUACAGUUUAGGAGUUAGAAUGGAAAAAAACCAACAGUGGGAAAUGCAGGGAUAUAAAGCAUGAUCUGAGGUGAGGAUAAUAACAGGUAAUAACAACCAGAUGAUAAAUCAUUAGGAACUAUGCAUAAAAGUAGCAUGUAAUUUGGCCCUAAUGUUAUACAACCAGUCUACCUGUAUGGUACAUUGUAUAUGGCUAAGAAGAUGCUUUUCUAUGUGGACUAUAAGAUUAUUCAGCAUUCAACAAAUAAAA